AUGGCGGGAGUGCAAAAAGUGUGUCUAAAUAAUUUAAAUAUUAAUAUUAAGAAUGCACUCAUUAUAGGCAUUAUAAUAGCAAAAAAUGCACCUCGAGUAAUAGGAUUGAAAAAGAAAAGUGGCGAUUCUCGAGGAGUUAUGUCCUUCACGUUGAGAGAUUCUGAUAUUGAUACUAUUAAUAUAGAUGUUUGGGGCACGGAAUAUUUUGUUAUUACAUUCUACGAAAGAUUUUUAGUCGGCGAUGUCGUUGAAAUUGCGUCUCCCAAAAUAUGUGUAAAAGGCGGAGAUAAUGAAGCAUUCAGACCUCAGGUUUCAUCACCAUUCUAUCUCUCCCUGAACGAGGGCGUAUCGGACGUCAGCAUAUUCAGCGGUGAUACGUUCUCUAACUAUCUGCCACUCCUUCAUAUACCAACUAAGUCAAGCGCUGGAUAUUGUGGAUUGGCCGAGGUUCUAAAAUUUGCAGAACAAACGGCAAACAUUUAUGUUGAUCUUUUGGUUGUUGUAAAAUCCGUUCAGCCAGCAAAAACUAUUAGAACUAAAACAGGUACAGAUAUGUCAGUGCGUGCUGUAGAGAUAAUUGAUAACACCACGCCGGCUACCGUUCUACUAGACAUAUUCGAUGUUGACACAAUACAAAGAGCUGAAGAAUGGCGUAUACUGGAGAGCGUCUUGUUUAUAUCGGAUGCUAGAGUCUCGUGGCGGGGUCGAGCUCGCGUGCAGCUGUGCUCGCGUAGCGUUGUCACACAUCAACCCUACACGCCUGAAGCUGAGUCCUUGCGCCUCCACAUACGUAAUCAAGCUACGACUGGUGGCGAGGCCGCGGCAUGGUCUGCGUGGAGCGGGGAGAGAGCCGGAACCGCGUCCGUGGCGCAGGUCCGAGACCGCCUCGUCAGCGGCGCACCCUUCUGUGCGGCGCUGCACGCGCUGCUUACUCACUUGGACUUGGACGACCUCACCGCUACCAACGACCCUAACUUAGAAGACAUAAGAGUCAAAUUCACAGAUCACACCGGUGAACUGACAGCUCGCUUGCCAAUUAACAUUCUGCAGGAAACGUGCGGGUAUACCGUGGAUCAACUGCGAGCUAUGUCUCCAGACGAGAGAGCAGCCAUACGUUGGAGAUUCCUCUUGGAGCAAUGUACUGCGAAGUUGGCUGUGGCAGCUCCGCGAAUCAUUGUGCUGACUUUGAGACGAGCGUCCGCGGCACAUCCUAUCCCUUUGUACUAGAUAAAUUGAUAUAACUCCUUUA